GGGCAGCUUUUUCCAAUGGCAAGAAUUUCUUCAGCAAAGGAAAACAUCCCUAAUUUUGGGAACCCAUGUGCGACUCCCUGCUCUAGCAUUGCAGGCUGUAUGUACCAAGUAGUUCAGACGACUGGGCCGGAUGGAAAAAACCUUCUGAAGUUGCUUCCAAUCUCUAAUUCUUCUGGAAAUUUUAUGCCACUCGUUCAGUCAUCAGUAACGCCUGAUACUGCUAAAGGAAACCUAUCAAGUCCAGUUCAUUUUACUUUUAAGACACAGCUUGCCAAUAAUACCGCAUCUUCAUCUGUCAAGAUACCUGUUUUUAGUCCCACGAAUCCUGGAAAGAUCAUUCUUACAAGGACAUUGGAUAAACAGGAAAAUGUUAGUGUGAUCCCUGAAAAAGAGAGCUUGACUACAAAACCAGUUUCUAACACUCAGAGUAAUUCUGUUUCAGUUGAUAGAUUGUCUUUGCAAAAUGUUGCAGUGUCAACUUCAUCUAACCAGAGUAACACAGCAUAUGUAUUAGUAAACCCAAAAAGUCUUCCAGUGACUGUGAAGUCUCCUGUGUUGCCUUCUGGGCAUCACCUACAGAUACCAGCUCAUGCAGAAGUGAAAUCUGUCCCAGCUUCUUCUUUACCACCUACAGUACAGCAGAAAAUACUAGCAGCUGCAGCUACAAAUGCCUCUGGAGUAGCUGAAGCCACAAAAAUGCCAACUGUUAUUUAUGUGUCACCAGUAAAUACAGUGAAAACAGUCAUUCCCAAGCGUUUGCAAGCCAUUUGUCCAAAACCUGUUACAGAAGCAGCAGAACCGUUCAUACUGACAACUGCACAAUCUGUUCCACCGAUAGUAACUUCUGAUGGCCGACAGUGUCCAAUGAAAUGGGUUGUGCAAGAAAAUGCCCAGGCAUCAGUACCUUACCUUGUUCCCGUAAAGUCAUCAAAUAACAUGGCUUCAAAGAUCUUGAAAACCUUGGCAGAUAUGAAGAACGUAGAAAAAAAUCCUGCAAAUAUUUUACAAAUCUGUUCUAACAGCCCUAGUGGAAGCCAGACCAAAAUCACUCCUAUUAAAGAUAAUGCUCUGGUGAUGUACAAUGGGAAAGUGUAUUUGCUGACUAAAAGAGGGUCUGAUAUUCUGUCAACCCAAGUUGACCAGCAAGCCUCUCCAGGUACUGAUGCUCCUUUUAAAAAGGAUGCCUCUCAGCUGAUAACCAAUAAAGUGGUAAAUCUUGUGUUGUCAAAAAAUAAAGCGAUUACACUUGCCCCGAAAGAUCCAACGUCAAGUAUAAAUACAGAACCUGUUCCGCAGCCUGAUUUAAGAAAGAACUUAAAACCUGCACCCAUUCUACUUCCAAAACCAAGUGUGAAUCAAAAUAUUAUUAAUACAAACCAGUGCAGGCCUUUGUCCACAACAGGGGGUAUUUCAAGUGAAAUUAAUCCGGUUAAAAAGAUGGUGACAGAUGAAAACAUGCAUUGUAACAGCAAAGAGAAGAGUCAGUUCCCCAAAGCAUCAACUGCUGUUAAACCUCAGUCCAAACAACCCUGUGCUUUCAGUGAAGAACAAAAGAUACAAAAUGAGGUGGUGUGCUCAUCAGAAAAGGCUGCUGAAAUCAAAAAUGGGAAGCAAUACCUUGAAUUGAGACAGAAAUUUGGUCUCAUUAAUGAGGAGAGAGUAUACCUUAAGAGAAUUCUCUUAGGGACUCCUCCCGCAGGAUCAGAAUCAAGUGUAUGCUCCAGUAAUAACUUAAAGAAUACUGAUUCUUGCAGUGCACCACCACAAGAAAUGGUGGUAACAAGUAGGAAGCAGAACCAUGGCGAAGAAAAGAUAAUUGUGGACCUGGAACAGGAUUUGACUAAAAAAAGAAAAGCAAAACUGUCACCAGUGCCAGAAAAUGGAAAGAAAAAGAAAAUGGCAGUCAAAUCAUCCAUCAAUCCAAGCGUGGAAAACAAUAGCACUAGUCCUGUAAUACUUAAUGAAAGUAUUUCACCCACACCAAUCUUAUCACAGCAGAAAAAUUCCACAUCCUCUACCAGAUCUUCUCUUGGGAGGAACUCUGAGCAAGACCCAUGUGUUCAAGAUAACCAAGUUCAGGACACAUGCUGUGUAGCUUUAGAUUCUUCUGAAGGAGAUGGUUCGACUAGUGAAAGUUCUUUUAGAGAAGAUACUUUUCCUUUGACUCCACUGGACUUGGAUGAAACAAUCAGGGAUGAAAAAAUAAAACGACUGAAACGGCUUUUGAGAGAACGAGAGGCAGAACUGGAAAAGAUUCGUAAAAAGAUGCAGCAGACCUGAAAAAUCUAAUCAUCUGGACCCUAUUCAUUUUGACUCCCUUGACUUUAGUGACUUAAACAAGAGAAUAAUUUGACUUACUGCCUCUGAAUGUUUAAAAUGAACUUAGAAUCUAAUCGAAUUUCCUGACAUGCACAGGACAUUCAUGGGUGCAUGUAUAUAGGGGAGAGGAAUCCCCAUUGGUAAGGAACGUAAGAAUUGAAUUGUCCAGAAUUCUACUUUUGGGGAGCCCAUCUGUGUAAAAAUAUUCAUGGUGCAGAAGAAACACCAUUUUAAUUCUCAGUACAAUGUAUUUUCUUGUGUUUAUAGUAAGAGCUUUCUGUACUAGUGCUAGAAACUUCUUGUGCUUUGGAAUUUCAAGUCCUGGAAUGUGAAUCGCAAUCCUCAAUUGUAGAUUUUGUUUUUCUUAUUAUUAUUAUUUAGUGCAUGCUUACUUGUGAAUUACAGGAAAUAAACUAAACAUUCAGUUGACCAUUUAAGUAUUGAAAUAAUGCUUCAAUAAAAUUAUUUGAUCUAGUCAUGAAAUUUUAUACAAUAAAAAUUGUACAAUAAAAAAA